CAGGCACCGACAUGUUGUUGUGCUUGGCCGUGGUUGUGUGCUCGUUGUGCUUUUGACGUCGCGAACAUCUAAAUGAGAAGAAAAUAUGUCAAAUCCUGGGUGUAGCCGGAGAAAUGGUGCUAUGAAGAUUAGAUUAACUCUCCUCUGCGCAAGGAAUCUAGCUAGAAAGGACCUUUUCAGAUUACCAGAUCCCUUUGCUAAAAUAAGUGUUGAUGGUUCUGGGCAAUGUUUUAGUACUGAAACUUCUAAAGCCACACUUGAUCCUAAAUGGAAUCAACAUUUUGAUUUAUAUAUUGGAAAAGGAGAUGGUAUCACAAUUAGUGUAUGGAACAAUAAAAAAAUUCAUAAAAAGCAAGGUGGAGGCUUCCUUGGAUGUGUUCGCAUUUUGUCAAGUACUGUUCAGCGUUUGAAAGAUACAGGGUAUCAAAGACUGGACUUGUGCAAAGCUAGCGCUGAAGACCCUGAUCCUGUUAAGGGGGAAAUAGUUCUGUCAUUACUGUCCCGGGACGGUCAUGGUGGUGUUGCCAGUGGUGGUCACAAUGCUGUUGUUGAUCCUUUGGGUGGACUUAGCUGUCCAGAGGAUCUCCCUGAAGGGUGGGAAGAGAAGCGAACCUCUGCAGGACGUCUGUAUUAUGUUAAUCACCACACUAAAACUACCCAAUGGGUUCGACCCAACAGGCCCUCACAUCCUGCCUCGAAUGGCUCCUCAAAUGGCUUGAUCCUUAACCAGUCAGGUGCUGAACCUGAUUGUCCUUCCCCAAUAACUCCUGCAAAUACCCUUGGACCCUCAUCCCCUCAGGCAGCAUUGCCUGCCACCCCUCCCCGGUCUCAAUCAAGUGUGUCUGGAAGCAUUCCCACUUCACCUGCUUCACCUUCAACACCAACAAGGGAUCAGUACAAUGGCUCUAUUGGAGGAGAAAAUACUCAAUCGAAUGACAGGAGAAGUAAUUCCUCAGCAAACGGCAAUGCAAGGGCAGCUUUGUCCCCCUUAAAUGGAUCUCCUUCGCCUCACAGUACUCCUUCUCAGCCAGCUAAUAAGCGGCGCUCGAGUCGGUCAAGCCGCUCGUCACAGCAGCAUCAACUGCUGCUCCAACAUCAGCAACAACUCUUAGGCCAAAAUGGAAGAACGCACAAUGUGGGCCAACCUGGCGAUUUACCUUCUGGUUAUGAGCUUCGCACCACUCAACAAGGACAGGUUUAUUUCUAUCACAUACCAAGUGGAGUAAGCACUUGGCAUGAUCCUCGUAUUCCGCGAGAACUCACUAGUGCUACUGGAUCUGGAAGUCAAGGAGGAAAUUCUGAACUAGCUAGCCUUUUGGGGGCGGAUCUUGGCCCCCUUCCACCUGGGUGGGAAAAGAGGCAAACUCAAAGUGGGCGGGUAUAUUAUGUUGAUCAUAACAACAGAACAACUCAAUUCACCGAUCCAAGAUUAUCAUCAGCAAUCAUUCAAAGGCUUUUCAAGAGGCAAAAUCAACAAAAUCAAGCAACUAGCCAAGCCUUGCCUCAGUCAACUGUGAUUUCUAAUGAAGGAGUUGUUGAUACUGUUCCACCUAAUGUUACAACCAGUGACCGAGACAACAUAAAUACAACCAACAACAACACUAAUGUGUCUCUUAAUAACACAAAUAAUUCUAACAACCGGCCACUGUUGGGACGCAUUAGAACACCAGGAGAUGGAGCUAGCGAUGAUACCAGUAUUGCAACAAUAGCAACCAACUCCACCACCUUGACCACCACAACAGCAACAACAUCGCCAGCAACCACAACAACACCAGCGCCACCACCAGUCAUACCCAUUCCUCCACCAGACUUAGACAGUGAAGGAUUGCCAAAGUACAAGCGGGAUCUUGUUGCAAAGCAGCGUAUUCUCAGGGCUGAACUUCAAGCUCUUCAACCACAGAGUGGCCACUGCAGACUAGAAGUAUCACGAUCAGAAAUAUUUGAGGAGUCAUACAGACUGGUCAUGAAGAUGCGUACUAAGGACAUGCGUAAAAGAUUAAUGGUGAAAUUCAGAGGGGAGGAGGGUUUAGAUUAUGGUGGAGUGGCUCGUGAAUGGCUGUUUCUUCUGUCCCAUGAAAUGCUGAAUCCCCAGUAUGGAUUGUUUCAAUAUUCUCGUGAGGACAAUUAUACAUUGCAAAUAAACCCAGAUAGUAGUGUCAAUCCAGAACAUUUAUCUUACUUCCAUUUUGCUGGCCGCAUUAUUGGUAUUGCUGUUUUUCAUGGCCAUUAUAUUGAUGGGGGUUUCACUACACCAUUUUAUAAGAUGUUAUUGAACAAACCUAUCACUCUGGAUGACAUUGAAGGAGUUGAUCCUGCAUUACAUAGAAGUUUAACUUGGAUGCUGGAAAAUAAAAUCACUGGAGUUAUAGAUACAACAUUUGCUGUUGAACAAAAUAGUUUUGGAGUUUUAAAAGUUCAUGAGUUGAAGCCAGGUGGCAAAGAUGAACAAGUUACCGAGGAUAAUAAAAGCCUUUAUGUGAAGCUUUAUGUUAACUACCGGUUCAUGCGAGGGAUAGAACAACAAUUUUUGGCUCUGCAAAAGGGUCUUCUAGAACUUGUCCCACCUCAAUUGCUUCGGCCUUUUGAUGAAAGAGAACUGGAACUUGUCAUAUGUGGUUUGGGAACAAUAGAUAUAAAUGAUUGGAAAGCAAACACACGACUCAAGCAUUGUACCCCUGAUACUCCAGUGGUACGGUGGUUCUGGCAAAUUGUGGAAUCAUAUAGUGAAGAAAUGCGCGCCAGAUUACUGCAAUUUGUAACUGGAAGCUCUAGAGUUCCAUUACAAGGCUUUAAAGCUUUGCAAGGUUCUACAGGAGCUGCUGGCCCUCGUCUUUUCACCAUCCAUGUUAUUGAUGCUCCAAUUGAAAACUUGCCUAAAGCCCAUACAUGUUUUAAUAGAAUUGACAUACCCCCUUAUGAGUCCUAUCAGAAAAUGAACGAAAAACUCAGCCAGGCUGUGGAAGAAACCUGUGGCUUUGCUGUGGAAUAGUUGUCUAUAAAUUCCACUGCUACUGUACAGGUAUUAAUUUUUAAUCUUGCUAUAUCAUAGUUUUAAAUAUCUACACGGCAACUGAUUGGGUCGUGAAACUUGUAACUAUUUUGUCGUCCUGGUGAAUCAACAUUUUAAACAUCUACUGUAUAUUGCCUGUUAUAUUUUAAAGUUUACUACAUAUCUUAAAUUUUUUAAAUUUUUGCUAAUUGCUGUGAUCCAAGUGCAUUAUUGUUAUUUACCUUUGUGGAUUAAUGUGCAGUGGCUAAACUAUCAUAUUGUUUAUCUCACUUUAAAACUUUUGAGUAUCUGUUUUGAUUGAGUUCCAUUUGACAUCUUUUCUGAAUUGUCUAAGAUGAGCAAGGCAGGAUUUAUGUAAUCAAUUUUCCAUAUCAAAAUGCCCAUCUUGUGUUUACUGACUAACAAACCAGUUCCUCUUAGUUUUCUGGUUUUGCUUCAGUGUUCAUUGGCUUGAUCUAAUCAAGCUCUUUCAGAAUAUCUAUAUCUACCAUCUCUUUUAGCUCUUAAACACAAGAAAUAUAACUACAAGCAGUUUUACAUGUUUUUCAAAUUUAUCUUGGCAUUUAUGCCUUCCAGUCUUUUCCGAUUAUUUUCAGUGUAUUUGUGUUAUUUGAUAUCACUGCUGUAUUUGAUGAGGUAUCAAAAUUUGGUUAGCUGUCUUUUAACGUGGUGGAAGAAUAGAAUCCAUUUCAUAACUUCAAUUUCACGUUUCAGCUGUAAGUUCAUUAUGUGUGUGAACAUUUACUGGCCUUUGGACAUUCAGCUUAACACUUUUACAGUUCUAUGUCACAGACCAGUUGAUUACUUUCAGAGGCCUUCCUCUUGUUGAGGGGAGAGAAAUCUAUCCAUAUCAUGUAUGUAGGGUUGUUUUGAUUGAUGAGAUAUUUCAACUAAUGGUUGUGCAAAGGAUGGCUGUGCUGUUUAAGUUCAGCCAAAAAUAUUAUUUUUGUUGCCUUUCUUUUAUCUUUUAUAAGCCUUGUUGUUCACCUGUGUUAUCAUUUCUUUGGGCCCCUUUUUGUAAAAAAGUUGCAUAGCUCAAUAAGGAUGCUCCUUCCACACAUUACAAUAGACAGGAGGUAAGAGGUCAAAUUUUAAGUUCUGAUGAUGGGUUUGUUCCCCUUUUAAUCUCAAAAAGCUGCAUACGUUACCCAAGACUGAAUAUCAUCACUGCCAACACAGCUUAUUCAAUUCUUAUGUGUGCAUCGUCAUUUCAAUUGUCACUCAUUAAUGUGUUUAUUUUAUAUGUGUUGAAGUAGAAUUUUUCUCUUCUUUCAUUUGAGGCCUUAGUUUUUAUGUUUAUGUAACUUUUAUGUAUGAACCAAAAUUAUUUAUUUACUUAUCUGCUACUGUCUUGUACAUAAUAUUUCUGUGUAAAAUGUAUCUUUAGUUUGUACAUGACAAACACUUUUUAAUAUACAUAUCGGAGGCUGCAGCCUUUUAUACCACUUUAUCGUGAUAUUUUUGUUUCCUGUUAAGUGGGAGCUUGUGUUGUGAGCUGUUUGUGACUGCAUGUACAGUAAAUCUAUCUUAGAAAUUGCCCUCAACAUUUUGUUUUGUUAUCAUUUUUGUUCAUACAAGUUGUUAAAGACAUUAGAACUUUGUUUUAUUUAAUUAGCAUGUCAAUUGAAUACUUUCAAGCAAAAUUUUAUAGCUUGAUAAGGAUCCCUCAUCAGAAACCCUGUACCAGUUAUUGCAUAUCUUUAUAAAAUUACGUACUGACUUCUAGCAUGGGGAUCAAUUUAAGGUUUCUACUUCUAAAGAAAAUUUGGUCACAUAUCUUGUUGGGAAAAAUUGUUUAGUGUUUACUCUAGUUAUUUUUGUAUCUAUGCAAGUGUUUUCACUGUACUGGAGAAUGUAAAUACAAAUAAUAUCGCUUGUUUUUAUGAGAAUGCCAACCUGCUACUGUAUUGUUAUUGACAUUGAUUUUCAAUUGAUUUUAUCAGGUUGAUUUGGCUUUUAUCUUUACUAUUCAUAUCAACUAACAUUUUAUCUGCCUGUUACAAGGAUUGUCUCACAAAAUUUGUGGGUCAUUUUUUUUCCCCGAAAAGUAAAAUGCUUGUGCUCCCAAUUUACAUAGCUGUUUCCUGGAGCAAUUGUACUGAUCAAUUCUGAACAAAGUUGCAGAUUUCACUUGCUGUUCAAUCGUUAAACAUUGGUUGAUUAUCCAGUGUUGGAAUUGUCAGGAAAAACAAAAAUGCUUUUUGCAUUGCUAAUAUCAGGGGGUGUUUUUUUACUGCUUUAUAGCAUGUAUUUGUGAUAUAUCUGUGUUGUUUAAAGUGUUUUUCUUUAAACACACCCCUAAAUCAGAUUUAAUACAAAUUUUUUUAAUUUUCUGCUUCCCUCUAAAAUGCUUCUUGAUACCAACAUAUCAUUUGCUAAAAAUUGAUUUGUCUUUGGACUGUCUUUUUGAUCCUACCUACCCUAAAUAUCAUUUGUUUGCUCUCUACUAAUUGGGUGGAUGGACCAUAUGGUUUAGAGAGAAUCUUUUGUUUUGUUUUCUAUCGCCACAUUGCUUGUUUCAACAUCUCCAUAAAACAUGCACAGUAUUUCAGUACUCUGUGCCUAUUUUUUUGAGUAAAUUAUCUAUUUAUAUACUUAUGUUCGACCUUAAAUUACUGUAAUAUUUAAUGAAACAUUGUAUGACGUAAUGAACUGAAUCUCAUUUUCAAACACUUCAUUUAGCCCUUAUGUUAAUGUUGGCUUCUGCUCUCACCUAAUCUGAGAAGUUAAAAACCGCUAACUUUCUAGACAUCAAGCACUAGAGUUUAUUUUACAGUUUUCACACCAAGAAGUUCUUUUUUUUGCUUGCUUUUUGUUUUGCUAAACAAAAAACGUUUUUAAUUGUGUGCCACUAGUUUCCUUUUUAGUCAGUAUUUCUAACUCCAGUAUUAAUCUAAUCUAAAUAAUUGCUGGCAUCCUAAAUACUGAAUUAAGCUCAAAUGAUUGAGGUGAGAGGGGAAUUAAUAUCAGCCUGCAUUUUCAUAUGUGAUGAACUGUGACUACAGUCUGACCAGUCAGAGAAGCGAUGAAGGAUUUCUGUGGCUUCUCAUAAGCUAUUCCAGAUCCUAACUUUGGCUGGUUUGAGUAUAGAACUAAGUGUUUUUAGUGAGCUUCAUCUUUCAACUGAUUUGUGCUGUGGCAUGUGGACAAUAUACAGAUAGAUGUAUUUCUUUCUGGUGAUAAACAUGUUUCUUUACUUUACCAGUAGUUACUAUUUGAGGUUUAUAUAUAUGUAUACAUGUGAAGGAACCAGUUCCUUUGGGAAAAAUUACUUUCCAAUAAAUGGCAUCUAGACAUUAUAAGCAA